GCGAUUUAUUAACGUAUCUUAAUUUUAUUUUCAGCGUCUCAUUUUAUAAGUAUUGAAAUAUUGAAUAAUUAACAAAAACGUGGAUGUAAAUCCAAUGGGCGAGCAUAUAUAAAUGGCUAAAGGCUGAAGUAUUCAGCACUGAACUUAUAUAAACUAUAACUAUUAACUUAUAUACCAAACAUAAAUAGCUCAACAAUGGCUCGCUCUGCUAUCUUCAUCUCUGCUAUCUUGGCUAUGACUGCUUUAGUCUCUGCUGCUCCCUAUCAUCAUGAUCACCAUGAUCACCAUCGUCACCAUGACCACCAUGACAGUGAAUAUCAUACUGGUGGAAAUGUUGGUGCUAUUAACUUUAACCCUGGACACCAUGGUAUAAUUGACGAUAUUACUAUCAAGAACUCACUCAACCACCUUAUUGACCUUGAUAUCCUAACCCUUAAGAACGUCGCUAAUAACAUUGAUAUCCUCAGCCACAACGGCUAAAUGUAUACUACUGGGCACAUACAUAUAUACGUAUAUCUGUAGAUAGCUUUCGAAACUAUAAAUCCUAAAUGAUUGUUUGUUUAAAUUUCACUCGACUAUAGAAAUGCUUUUUACCUCGUUAUGAAGGAGAAAAAAUGAAUAGUGAAUAAACUUUUGUAGUGCUUCGAA